AUGGGCCCGCCAGGCCCCGCGCUGCUAGCGCUGCUGCUGCUCGUGGCAGCCAGCACCCGGGCAGAAGACAAAGUGCUGGAAAAUGUGAGCCCGAGCUGUCCAAAGGGUACCACCCGCUUCAAGCACCUCAGGAAGUACUUGUACAGCUAUGAAGCCGAGAGCGCCAGCGGGGCCCCGGCCACCACCGACUCCAGAAGCGUCACCAAGAUCAACUGCAAGGUCGAGCUGGAGGUUCCCCAACUCUGCAGAUUCAUCCUGAAGACCAGCCAGUGCACCCUGAAAGAGGUAUACGACUUCAGCCCUGAGGGCAAGGCCUUGCUGAAGAAGACCAAGAACUCCGAGGAGUUUUCUGCAGCCAUGUCCAGGUACGAGCUCAGACUGGCCAUUCCCGAAGGGAAGCAGGUGUUACUUUACCCCAAUAAGGAGGAGCCGAAACACAUCCUGAACAUCAAGAGGGGCAUCGUCUCCGCCCUCCUGGUGCCCCCAGAGACGGAAGAGGCCAAGCAAGUGUUGUUCCUGGAUACUGUGUAUGGAAACUGUUCCAGUGACUUCACCGUCAAAACGAGGAAGGGCAAUGUGGCGACAGAAAUAUCCAUUGAGAGAGACCUGGAGAAGUGCGAUCACUUCACGCCCGUUAGCACAGGAGUGAGCCCCCUUGCUUUGAUCAAAGGCAUGACCCACACCUUGUCCACUCAGAUCAGCAGCAGCCAGUCCUGCCAGUACACCCUGGACCCCAAGAGGGAGCAUGUGUCAGAAGCCAUCUGCAAGGAGCAACACCUGUUCCUGCCUUUCUCCCACAAUAACAAGUAUGGGAUGAUGGCACAGGUCACCCAGACUUUGAAACUUGAAGACACACCUAAGAUCAACAGCCGCUUCUUUGAUGAAGGUACCAAGGAGGUGGGCCUUGCCUUUGAGACCACCAAGUCCACACCACCGCCAAAGCAGGCCGAGGCCAUUGUGAAGACCCUCCAGGAGCUACAGAAGCUGCAGGUCUCUGAGCAGAGCGCCCAGCGAGCUAACCUCUUCCGUAAACUGGUCGCAGAGCUGCGAGGCCUCGACGACAAAGCGGUCGCAGCCCUCUUGCCAAAGCUGGUCGAGGUGUCCAGCCCCGUCACUUUGCAAGCCUUGGUUCAGUGCGGACAGCCCCAGUGUUACAAUCACAUCCUCCAGUGGCUGAGAACCGAGAGAGCCAACCCCCUUCUGAUUGAUGUUGUGACCUAUUUGGUGGCGCUGAUCCCGGAGCCCUCGGCCCAGAGGCUGCAGGAGAUCUUUACCACGGCCAAGGAGCAGCAGAGCCGGGCUGCUUUCUAUGCCCUGAGUCACGCGGUCAUCAACUAUCAUAAGACACACCCCACAGCGACGCAGGGGCUCCUGGACAUUGCCGAUUACCUGUCAGAGCAGAUCCGCGACGACUGCACCGGGAGCGAAGACCACACCUACCUGAUCCUGAGGGUCAUUGGGAACAUCGGCGGAAUCCUGGAGCCGCUAAGCCCGGGACUCACAUCUUCAGUCUUGAGAUGCGUCCGGAGCGCCACGCCGUCCCUGCUGGUCCAGAAGGCCGCCAUCCAAGCCCUGCGGAAAAUGGAGAUUAAGGACGAGGUCCGGGAGGUUCUCCUUCAGACUUUCCUGGAUGACGCCGCUCCGGGGGAUAAGCGACUGGCUGCUUAUCUCGUGCUGAUGAGGGACCCUUCGCAGUCAGACAUGAGCAAAAUCACCCAACUUCUCCCAGGGGAACAGAAUGAACAAGUGAAGAACUUUGUGGCCUCCCACAUCGCCAACAUCUUAAACUCACAAGAAUUGUACGUCCAGGGUUUGAAAGAGCUAGUGACAGAAGCUCUGAAGGACUCUCAGCUUCCAACUGUCCUGGACUUCAGAAAAUUUUCCCGGAACUACCAGUUUUCCAAAUCUGUUUCUCUUCCGUCCCUCAACCCAGUCUCAGCCAAAGUUGAGGGCAAUCUUAUAUUUGAUCCAGAUAAUUACCUGCCUAAAGAAAGCAUGCUGAAAACAACCCUCACAGUCUUUGGAUUUGCUUCAGCUGAUCUCUUCGAGCUUGGUUUGGAAGGAAACGGCUUUGAGCCAACGCUGGAGGCUCUCUUCGGGAAGCAAGGAUUUUUCCCAGACAGUGUCAACCAGGCUCUGUACUGGGUUGAUGGUAAAGUUCCUGAUCGUGUCUCCAAGGUCCUGGUGGACCACUUUGGCUACAGCAACGAUGAAAAACGGGAGCAGGACAUGGUCAAUGGAAUCAGGCUCAAUGUUGAGAAGCUGAUAGAAGAUUUGAAAUCCAAAGAAAUCCCAGAAGCCAGAGCCUACCUCCGCAUCUUAGGAGAAGAGCUUGGCUUCGUCAGGCUCCACGACCUCCAGCUCCUGGGAAGGCUGCUCCUGAAUGGUGUCCGUAGUCUGAGUGGGAUCCCCCGGAUGAUUGAAGAGGCCCUAAGGAAAGGUUCAAAGAACGACUUGUUUCUGCACUACAUCUUCAUGGACAACAACUUUGAACUCCCCACCGGACUCGGGUUACAGCUGCAAGUGUCCUCCUCUGGAGUCAUCGCUCCCGGAAUCCAGGCUGGGGUGAAACUGCAACUCAGAGAUGCCAGGCAAAUGGAACUGGUGGCAAAGCCCUCCGUGUCUGUGGAGUUUGUGACAAAUAUGGGCAUCGUCAUCCCAGACUUUGCUAGGAACGGGGUCCAGGUGAACAUGAACUUCUUCCAUGAGACAGACCUGGAGGCGCGACUCGCCCUAAACUCUGGGCGUCUGAAGUUCAGCAUUCCAGCUCCAACGAGGCCAGUCAAGCUCCUCAGUGUCAGUAACUCAUUGCAUUUGGUCUCUACCACCAAAACGGAAGUGGCUCCACCUCUAACGGAGAACAGGAAUUCCUGGUCAACCUGCAGGUCUUUCUUCUCCGGCCUGAGCUAUUGCACCACAGGCACUUACUCCAACGUCAGCUCCUACUAUCCUCUGAUCGGAGACAUCAGGUAUGAGCUGGAACUGCGGCCUACGGGAGAGGUGGAGCAGUACUCCACCAGCGCAACCUACGAGCUCCAGAAACAGGACGAGGCCUGGGUGCACAAGCUGGAGUUAGUAGCUCAGGCAGAAGGUGUAGAGCAGACCGAGGCCAGGAUGACCGUCAGAUACAACCAUCAGACCAGGACCUUGACCAGUGAAGCACAAAUUCCAGACUUCGGCGUUGACCUUGGGACAGUCCUCAGGGUUAGUGAUGAAUCUUCUGAGGAAGAAAUGUCUUACAAACUCACCCUGGACAUUCAGAACAAGAAAAUCACUGAGGUCGCCUUCAUGGGCCACGUGAGCUGUGACAGGAAGGAAGAAGGUAAAGUCAGAGCUGUUCUUUCCAUGCCCCUCUUGCAAGCAGAAGCCAGAAGCGAAACCCUCGCCCAGUGGUCCCCCACAAAACUGCUCCUCCAAAUGGACUCAUCCGCUACAGCUUAUGGCUCAACAGUUUCCAACAAGAUGGCCUGGCGUUACGAUGAAGAGAAGACUGAAUUUGAAUGGAACACAGGCACCAACAUGGAUACCAAGAAAGCAGCUUCCAGUUUCCCCGUGGACCUCCCUGACUAUCCUAAAAGCUUGCAAACGUAUGCCAACAGUCUCUUGGAUCACAGAGUUCCUAAAACAGACGUGACUUUCCGGCACGUGGGUUCCAAAUUGGUGGAUGCAACAAACACUUGGCUUCAGAAGGCAUCCAGGACUCUUCCUUACACCAAGAAUUUGCAAGAUUACCUCAGUGGCCUAAAAGAGUUGAACCUCCAGAAGAUGGGAUUGCCAGAGUUCCACAUCCCAGAAAAUCUCUUCUUGAAAAGUGAUGGCCGGGUCAGAUACACCUUCAACAAGAACAGCGUGAAAAUUGAGAUUCCUUUGCCUUUGGGCGGCACACCCUCCAAAGACCUGAAGAUGUUGGAGACUAUCUGGAUACCAGCCAUCGGCUUACCAUUUUGGGGAUUCUACCGGCCACCUCAAGAGGUCCAGGUGCCCGCUUUCACCAUUCCCGAGUCGUAUGAGCUGCGGGUGCCUCACUUGGGCGUUCUAGACCUCUCCGCGAACAUCUACAGCAACGUGUACAACUGGUCCGCCUCCUACACCGCCGGCAACACCAGCACAGACCACUUCAGCCUUCAGGCUCGGUACCACAUGAAAGCCGACUCGGCGGUUGACCUGCUGUCCUACAGUGUGCAAGGAUCCGGAGAAGCAACGUUCGACCACAGGUACACGCUCACGUUAUCGUGCGGAGGAUCUCUACACCACAAAUUUCUGGACUCGAACGUCAAACUCAGCCACGUGGAAAAGAUUGGAAACAACCCAGCCUCCAAAGGCUUGCUGACAUUCGACGCAGCCAGUGCCUGGGGACCACGGAUGUCCGCGUCGGUACAUUUGGACUCAAAGCAGAAAGAGCAGCUGUACGUCAAGGAAGUGAAGGUCGACGGGCAGCUCAGGGUCUUUUCUUUCCACGCGGACGGCGCCUACGGCCUGUCCUAUCAAAGGGACCCUUCCACUGGCCGGCGAAGCGGAGAGUCCACCCUGAGGUUUAACUCCACCUACCUCCAGGGCACCAACCGGAUAACGGGCAGGUACGAGGAUGGCACCUUCUCCCUCACCUCCACCUCGGAUCUGCAAGAGGGCACCGUUAAAAAUACCGCCUCCCUGAAGUACGAGAACUAUGAGCUGAGUCUGAAAUCUGACACGGACGGGCACUACGAGGACUUCGCCACCUCCAACAAGGUGGACCUGUCCCUCUCGAGGCAAAGCGCGCUGCUGCGCUCCGACUGCCAGGCCGGCUACAGGGACCUGCGCGUCUCCGCACUGCUGUCCGGGUCGCUGACCUUCCACGGCCUCGAAAUCAACGCCGACGUGUCGGGCACCGGCAAAGCCAACACGGGCGUUCACAAAGCAACCCUGAGGAUCUCCCGAGAGGGCAUGUCCACCAGCGCGACCACCAGCUUGAAGUACAGUCCCCUGACGCUGGAGAACGAACUGAACGCAGCCCUUGGGCCCUCGGGGGCGUCCGCGAAGUUAACAGCCAACGGCCGCUUCAGGGAGCACAACGCGAAGUUCAGUCUGGAUGGGAAAGCUGCCCUCACGGAGGUGUCCCUGGGGAGCGCGUACCAGGCCGUGAUUCUGGGCGUCGACAGCAAAAACAUUUUCAGCUUCAGGGUUAACGGGGAGGGACUCAAGCUUUCGAAUGACAUGAUGGGCUCGUACGCGGAGAUGAAGCUUCACCACACAAACAGCCUGAACGUGGCGGGGCUCUCGCUGGACUUCUCAUCGAAACUCGACAACAUCUAUAGUUCCGACAAGUCAUAUAAGCAGACUUUUAACUUACAGCUACAGCCCUUUUCUCUUGUAACUACUCUAAACAAUGACCUGAAAUUCAACGCUCUGGACCUGACCAACCACGGGAAAUUACGGCUGGAACCCCUGAAGCUGAACGUGGGCGGGAACAUAAAAGGAGCCUACCAAAAUGACGAGAUAAAACACGUCUACACCGUCUCUUACGCAGACCUGUCGGCCAGUUUCAAAGCAGACACUACCGCGAAGGUGCAGGGCGCCGAGUUCAGCCACAGGCUCAGCGCGGACAUCGCCGGGCUAUCUUCGGCCUUGGACAUCAGCACAAACUACAAUUCAGAGGCGCUGCGCUUCAGCAACGUUUUCCAGUCCGCCAUGGCCCCGUUUAUGGUGACCAUCGACACCCAUACAAGCGGCAACGGGAAACUGGUUCUCUGGGGAGAACACAGCGGGCAGCUGUACAGUAAAUUCCUCCUGAAGGCGGAACCGCUGGCCCUGACUUUCUCUCAUGAUUACAAAGGAUCCACAGGUCACCAUCUCAGGUCCAGAAGGAGCAUUAGUACCGCUCUUGAUCACAAGGCCAGUGCCCUGCUCACUCCAGCUGAGCAGACAGCCACCUGGAAACUCAAGACCCAACUGAACAAAAAUGAAUACAGCCACGAGUUUGAUGCUUACAAUACGAAAGACAAAGUGGGUGUGGAGCUUACUGGGCGAGCCCUGGCUGACCUCACCGUGCUAGACUCCCCGAUUGAAGUGCCUUAUUUAGCCGAUGGUCCUAUCAAUGUAAUCGAUGUUUUGGAGAUGAGGGAUACUGUGGACCAGCCCCAGGAAUUCACUAUGGUAGCUUCUGUAAAAUAUGAUAAGAACCAAGAUGUUCACACUAUCGACCUCCCAUUCGUUCACCUCCUGCCAGAACAUUUUGAGAAGGGUCGAACAGUAAUUGUAACUGCGCUGGAAACCAUACAGACAGAACUGAAACAUAUCAAUGUCGAUCAGUUCAUGAGGAAAUACAGAGCAGCCUUGGACAAACUCUCACAGCAAAUGAACGACCAGCUGAAUGAAGUCAGUUGGGAGAAACGAGUUUCAAGCGUCAAGGAGAAACUAACUGCUUUCACAAAAAAUUAUGGAAUUACAGAAAAUGAUCUAAAAAUUGCAUUGGACAAUGCCCAAAUCAAUGUCAAUGAAAAACUAUCUCAACUACAAACAUAUAUGAUACAAGUUGAUCAGUAUAUUAAAGAUAAUUAUGAUUUGCAUGAUUUUAAAACAGCUAUUGCUAAGAUUAUUGAUCUAAUCGUUGAAAAAUUGAAAAGUCUUGAUGAACAUUAUCAUAUCCGUGUAAAUUUAGUAAAAACAAUCCAUGACUUACAUUUGUUUAUUGAAAAGAUUGAUGUAAACGAAAUGGGAAGUAAUACACUAUCUUGGGUUCAAAAUGUGACUGCUAAGUAUCAAAUCAGAUUCCGGAUACAAGAAACAUUGCAACAGCUCCAGACACAAAUCCAGAAUAUUGACAUCCAGCACCUUGCAGAAAAGUUAAAACAACAGAUUGUCGCUAUUAAUGUCACAGUGCUUUUAGAUCCGUUGAGAACUAAAAUUCCAUUUCAAAAAAUAAAGCAACUGAUUGAACAUAUCAAACACUAUGUUAAAAAUCUCAUUGAUGACUUUGAAGUAGCUGAGAAAAUCAGUGCAUUGAGAGCCAUGGUUGACAAGUUAAUUAAUAUGUAUGAAAUAGACCAACACAUCAAGAUUUUACUGGAUAAAUCAGUACAGUUGGCCCACAAGUAUAAGUUGAAGGAGACUGUUCAGAAUUUGGGCAAUGUCUUAAAACAAAUUGGGAUAGAAGAUCACUUUGAGAAAUUGGUUGGGUUUAUUGAUGAUGCUGUCACCCAGCUUAAAGCAUUGUCUUUUCAAAAAUUCAUUGAAGACGUCAACAGGUUCCUUGGCAUGGUGAUAAAGAAAUUAAGGUCAUUCUGUUACCAACAGUUUGUAGAGAAAACCAAUGUCAAAAUCAGCGAGGUGACUCAGAGAAUCAAUGAUGAGAUCCAGGCCCUGGGCCUUCCACAAAAAGCUAAAGCUCUAAAACUGUUUGUAGAGGACGUCAAGGCCAUGGUCUCCGUCCAUCUGGAAAAACUAAACAGCACCAAAAUAACCCUAUUCAUUGAUUGGUUACAGGAGGCUUUAAGUUCAUCAUCUUUAAAUGACAUGAAAGUCAAAUUCCUAGAAGAUGUACGAGCCUCAGUGUAUCAAAUGGACCUUCAACAGAAAGUUCAGGGAUACCUGGUCCUGGUAGGCCAAAUUUACAACACACUUGUUACUUACAUUUCUGACGUGUGGAGUCUUGCUGCUAAGAGCCUUACCGACUUUGCAGAACAGUAUUCUAUCCAAGGCUGGGCUGAAAAGCUGAAAGCACUGGUAGAAGAAGGGUUCACUGUGCCUGAAAUCCAGACCACUUUUGGGACCAUACCUGCCCUUGAAGUCAGUCUCCGUGUCCUUCAGGAAGCUACCUAUCAGACUCCUGAGUUCACAGUCCCUCUAACAGAUUUGAAGAUUCCAUCGGUUCAGAUAAACUUCAAAAAGUUAGAAGAUGUAAAAGUCCCACCCAGGUUUUCCACACCAGAAUUUACUGUCCUCAACACCUUCCACAUUCCUUCCUUUACAAUCGACUUGGUAGAAAUAAAAGCAAAGAUCAUCAGAAUCAUUGACCAGAUGCUGAACAGUGAGCUGCAGUGGCCAGUUCCAGAACUGUACCUGAGGGAUCUGAUGGACGUGGACACCAUUCUUGCUAGAAUCACGCUGCCAGACUUCCACGUACCAGAAAUCACAAUUCCAGAAUUCUUAAUCCCAAAACUUGACCUCAAAGAUUUUCAAGUUCCUGACCUCCACAUACCAGAAUUCCAGCUUCCCAACAUUUCACACACAAUCGGAGUACCUACUUUUGGCAAGCUGCAUAGCAUUUUGAAAAUCCAAUCUCCCCUUUUCACGUUAGAUGCGAAUGCCGACGUUCACAAUGUAACGACGUCAAUGAACGAGUCAGGGAUUACGGCUUCCAUCACUGCCAAAGGAGACUCCAAGUUAGAAGCCCUCAAAUUCAAUCUCCAGGCACAUGCACAACUUUCAUACCCUAAGACGAAUCCACACGUUCUGAAGGAAUCUGUGAGUUUCUCCAGCAAGUACCUGAAAACAGAGCAUAAGAGCGAAGUGCUAUUUUUUGGAAAUGCUAUUGAGGGAAAAUCAAACACAGUGGCAGGUUUACACACAGAAAAAAAUACAGUGGAGCUUAGUAAUGGUGUGGUCAUCAAGAUAAAGAACCAGAUUACGUUGGACAGCAACACCAAGUACUUUCACAAAUUGAACAUCCCCAAACUGGACUUCUCCAGUCAGGCUGACCUACACAAUGAAAUCAAGACCCAGUUUGAAGCUCAGCAUGUCGCAUGGACUUCUUCUGGGACAGGAUCAUGGAAAUGGGCCUGCCCUAAAUUCUCAGAUGAGGGAACACAUGAAUCAAAAAUUAGCUUCACUGUGACAGGCCCCCUCACUGCCUUUGAAUUGUCUAAUAAGAUCAAUAGCAAACACCUGAGAGUAAACCAAACCUUGGCUUAUGAAUCCAGCUUUCUCAACCUUUAUCAAUUGGAGGUCCAGUCACAAGUUGAAUCCCAGCAUGUGGGCGACAGUGUUCUCACUGCUAAAGGCGCAGCACUGCUUAGAGAAAGGAAGGUAGAGGUAACUGGCAACCAUGAUGCUCAUUUAAAUGGAAAACUUAGUGGAACUUUGAAAAAUUCUCUGUCCUUCUUAGCAACUCCAUUUGAGGUUACUGCAUCUACAAACAAUGAAGGAAAUCUGAAAGUUAGUUUUCCAUUAAAAUUGACAGGGAAAAUAGACUUCCUGAAUAAUUAUGCACUCUUCCUGAGUCCUAAUGCCCAGCAGGCAAGUUGGCAAGCCAGUGCCAGGUUCAAUCAGUAUAAGUACAAUCAAAGUUUCUCUGCUGGAAACAAUGAGAACAGCACCGAGGCCCACAUAGGAAUGAGUGGAGAAGCCAACCUGGAUUUCCUAAACAGCCCAUUAACAAUUCCUGAAAUGACUCUACCUUAUAUAAAAUUCAGAAUUCCCCCAGUGAAAGAGUUCUCCUUAUGGGAAAAAACAGGUUUGAAGGAAUUCUUGAAAACAACAAAGCAAUCCUUUGAUUUAGGUGUAAAGGCUCAGUAUAAGAAAAACAAAGACAAGCAUUCCAUCCCAAUUCCUUUGGACAAGUUUUACGUGUUUAUCAAUCAGAACAUCAAUUCCUUCAACAGGCAUUUUGAGAACGUCAGAGGCAAGGCGUUAGAUUUGUUUACCAAAUCCUAUAAUGAUGCAAGAAUUAAGGUUAAUAAGUACAUGGUUGAAAAAUCCCUGAACAAGGAACCCACAACCUUUCAGAUUCCUGGAUACACUAUUCCAGUAGUCAACACUGAGCUCUCUCCAUUCGCAGUAAAGAUGUGGACAGUCGGCUUUGAGAUCAGCACCCCCAAUGUCACCAUCUCAGAUUCUGGCUUCUCUGUGCCCUCGCAUACAGUAGCCCUGCCUUCCCUAGAGCUGCCAGCCCUACAUGUCCCUAGGAAUUUUCUCCGGUUCUCUCUUCCACAAUUGAAGGUAUCAAGUACCCCAAGCAAUAUUUUAAUUCCAGCCCUGGGCAAUAUUACCUAUGAUUUUUCCUUUAAGUCAAGCGUCAUCACACUGAACACCAACGUUGGACUUUACAACCAAUCGGAUAUCGUUGCUCACUUCCUUAGCGCCUCCUCUUCUGUCGUGGACGCUCUGCAGUACAAAUUAGAGGGCACCUCAAGUUUGACAGGAAAAAGAGGGUUGAAGUUAGCCACGGCUCUGUCUCUGAGCAACAAGUUCGUGGAAGGCAAUCACGACAGCACCAUCAGCUUAACCAGGAAAAACAUGGAGGCUUCAGUGACAACAACGGCCAAAGUUCAAAUUCCAGUUCUGAGAAUGAAUUUCAAGCAAGAACUGAAUGGAAAUGUCAAGUCAAAGCCUACUGUCUCCUCAUCUGUUGAAGUAGAGUAUGACUUCAGUUCCACCAAGCUGUCCUCUACUGCUACAGGGACCGUUCACCACAAGCUCAGCUUAGAAAGCCUCACUUCUUACUUUUCCAUGGAGUCAUCUAACAAAGGAAAUAUCAAGGGUUCAGUCCUUUCACGGGAAUAUUCGGGAAUGAUUGACAGUGAGGUCAGCACUUAUUUAAGUGCCAAGGGUACUCGGUCUUCAGUGAAGCUACAAGGGGCUUCCAAAGUUGAUGGUAUCUGGGACCUUGAAGUGAAAGAAAGUGUUGCUGGAGAAGCCACUCUCCGACGCAUAUAUGCCACCUGGGAACACAACACAGAAAACCAGCUCAGGCUACUGCACCUCUUCACAACAUCCGGAAGGCAGACAAGCAAAGCCAUCCUGGACCUCUCCCCCUGGAAAAUGUCAGCCCUUGUUCAGGUCCAUGCAAGUCAGCCCAGUUCCUUCCUUGAUCUCAAUCACCUUGGCCAGGAAAUGUCCCUGAACGUUAACACUGAGAACCAGAAGGCCAGCUGGAAAAGUGAGAUCCAGGUUGACUCCUUGUCUCUUCAGAGCGAUGUACAACUUUCCAAUGACCAAGAAGAGGCACGCCUUGACAUUGCAGGUUCCUUAGAAGGGCACCUACGGUUCCUCGACAGUAUCGCUCUACCAGUUUAUGACAAGACUUUAUGGGAAUUUCUAAAGUUGGACGUAACCACCAGCAUGGAUAGCAAACAGUAUCUGCGCGCUUCAACGGCCCUUGUAUACACCAAAAACCCUAAUGGCUACACUUUCUCUGUCCCUGUGCAAGAAUUGGCUGAUAAAUUUAUUAUUCCUGGACUGAAACUAAAUAAUCUGAACUCAGUUCUUGCCACACCUACGUUCCAAGUCCCGUUUACAGAUCUUCAGGUUCCAUCCUACACACUUGACUUCAGUGAAAUAAAAAUCUACAAGAAGCUAAGUACUUCGCCAUUUGCCCUCAAUGUGCCAGCACUACCCAAAGUAAAAUUCCCUGAAGUUGAUGUGUUAACAAAGUAUUCUGGAUCAGAGGACUCCUCAGUACCCUUUUUUGAGAUCACCGUGCCUGAAUUUCAGUUAACUAUGCCCCAGUUUACCUACCCACACAGCAUUUCCAUUGGUGCCACUGUUUUGGAUCUCAAUGAGCUGGCCGGCAAGAUUGCAGACUUCAGGUUGCCAGACAUCACCUUGCCUGAGCAGACCAUUGGGAUUCCUUCCGUUAAGUUCUCUGUACCUGCUGGAAUGUACAUCCCUUCCUUUGGCGCACUGACUGCGCGUUUCCGAGUGGCCUCACCCCUGUAUAAUGCUACUUGGAGCGCUGGUUUGGAAAACAAAGAAGGUCAGGUUGAAACAUCCCUGGAUUCCACAUGCAGCUCAGUCGUAAAGUUCCUGGAAUAUGACCUUAAAGCUGUGGGAACACAGAAGAUUGAAGGUGGCACGUUAGUCUAUAAGACUAAAGGAACAUUUACACACCGUGACAUCAGCGUAGAAUAUAAAGAAGAUGGCAGAUACCAAGGAGCUCUGGACUGGGAAGGAGAGGCUCGCCUGGACGUCACCAGCCCAGCGUUCACCGAUGUCCAUCUGCGCUACCAAGCAGGUAAAAAUAUCUACUACUCGGCAGCCUCUCCAGCCAUAGGCACGGUGGCCACUGACUUGGAAGCAAAUAAUGAUACCAUAAAAUACAACUUCUACUACCGCCCUCAGUCAUCUCCAGAUAAAAAACUCAGCAUAAUCAAGAUUGAGUUUAGGUACCCAUGCUCUGAAUCGAAUGAGAAAUUUCAGACGAAAGUUAACUGGGAAAGAGAGGCAGUGUCUGAACUGCUAAGCUCUGUGAAAGACAACAUCCCCAAGGCAACAGUGGCCCUUUAUAACUAUGUCGACAAGUGCCACCAGGAGUACACAGGGCUUAAUCUGAGAGAGGUGUCUUUAAAGCUGAGAAGAAGUCUGCAGAACACUGCUGAGCAGACCUACCAAGGAGCACUGAGUCUCAUCGAUGAGGUGGACAAGACACUCGAACUCAAGAGGGUAGCCAGAGGCGCUAAUAGGACCUACCAGCUGUGGAAUGACAAGGCCCAGAUUCUGUAUCAGGAGCUCUUGGAUCAGGAGGGCCACGUCAAUCUCCAGAGACUCCAAAAUAAGGUGCUUGACAGCCUAAUAAGAGUUACUGAGAAAUAUGAAAAAAUAGUCAAGCAUCUGAUUGACUUCUUCAUUGAUUACCUGAAGUCGUCCAGAUUCCAGCUCCCAGGAAGAGCCGGAUCGUACUCUGGAGAUGAACUCUGCACUAUGGUUAUGAAGGAGGUAGGGAAGGUACUGUCCCAGGUACAUUCAAAAAUCCAUAAUGGUUUAGAAAUGCUGUUUUCUUAUUUCCAAGACCUGAUGGAGAAAUCUGAAUUAAAUGAGUACCUAAAGAUUAAAUUUCCUUUUGAUCCAACCACUCUUAAACUAGCAAAUGUAACCCUGGUGCUCAGGAAAGAUUUGAACACUUUAUCACAAAUGGUCCGAGGGGUAUUGAAUGCCCUCCAAGUUAACAGAACUACAGAGAUACUAGGUGAUCUUCAGAGAUGUUUACAAGGUGCUUUCGAAUACAUAGAAAAAGAAAUUAACAACCUAAAGACGAAGAACCUCAUUAAUGAUAUCAAACACCAGAUCAACACCAUCUUCAACAGUUAUGGUCAAUAUGUUUCUAGAUUCCUGAAAAAAACCUCACACCUUGACUUUGAUAAGAUUAAUGAACUGGUUCAGAACAAACUUCAAGAAGCUUCUCAUGAGUUAGAGCAGAUCUGUAAAUUCGUAAAGGCUCUUCGCAAAGAAUAUUUUGAUCCAACUGUGGUGAGCUGGAGAGUGAAAUAUUAUGAACUUGAAGAAAACAUAAUCAGCCUAAUCAAGAAGUUAGUAGAUGUCCUUAAGGACUUGCAUUCCAGAUACACUCUCAGUGCUGCUGGCUUCACUUCCCAACUCUCAGGUGAUAUCCAGGAAUAUCUUCUCACCCUUGCUGAUGCAAACGCAAAAGGGAGAGAGAAGAUUGUAGACCUUUCUACCAGUGCUCAGAGAAUAAUUAAAAACUCAACCAUUGCAAUGAAGGAAAUCAUUUCUGAUUACCACCAGCAGUUCAAAUAUAAACUACAGAAUUCUUCAGACCAGCUCUCUGGUUAUUAUGAAGACUUCAUUGCUAAGUCCCAAAGAUUGAUUGACCUGCACAUUGAAAUAUAUCAAAUACUUCUGGCACAUAUCACUGACUUACUAAAAGCGCUGCAAUCGGCCAUAGCCAAUUACCUAAAGGUUGCUCCAGGAGAAUUAAUUAUCACCUUCUAAUUUUUGUAAAGCAAUUCGCAUUUAUUCUUCUACUCCAAUUAAGCUUCUGCAUAGCAGGAAAAAAUUCAAACUGUAUGCAUUGUAUAAUUAUACACUGAGCCAGUCCUGCAGCAGGCAGCUGACUAUGGGCCUCAGCUCAAGGCAACUGGACCUGCACUGAGGCUGGUGGAAGGUGUCUGAAGAUCU